AUGAAUGCAAAGUAUUUUAAGAAUUUUUAGAAACGAUGUCAAUUUCAAUCAUUUUAUUACUUUUAAUUAUUGUGGUAUUAUUUGAAAAUAUCUCAACUUUUCACUUACCUAAUGGACUUAUAUACAACGGCACAAUAUUUAAAUCCGAAGAUUAUCCGUACGUAAUGUAUCUUAGAAUUUUUUAUACACCCGUUAUGAAAGACUAUACAAAGUGCACAGGUACAUUAGUGAAAAAAAUGUUCAUACUGACAGCUGCUCACUGUUGUCAUGAAAAAAAUAAAAGUUUAAUACAUGUAUAUCAAGGAUCGCCUAAAGUGAACCCUAAGAUUCACAAGGUUGUCAAAAUGACUCAACACCCGGAUUAUGAUCCAAUUAAAUAUCCUUUUGGCCCACGGGGAGACAUUUGUGUGUUACAACUAGAAAAAGCAUUUCCGAAUAUCAAGACUUUUUCGAAAAUUGGAGGCUCGCCUAAAGAUUUUAAAAAAGGAAAGUUGAAUUGUACAAUGAUUGGAUUUGGUCAGACUGGAGAUAAAACAACGUCAGGUGAAUCAGGAUAUAUAAUGACCAAUAAUGUAGCAUAUGGUCCAACAGCUUGUAAAUUACACGAAACUGAAGAAAUACAAAAUUCAUGGGAACAAUAUUUAUGUCUGGAACCAAACGGCUAUGCAACGCCAUGUAGAGGGGAUAGUGGAGGUCCGAUGAUUUGCAACGGAAUGCAAUAUGGAGUAUGCAGCUAUGGAUAUUCCUAUACUAAUGGACCAGAAGAAUGUGGCUCUCCUGGCCAGCAGGAAAUUUACUCGUUCAUAAAUGCUCAUAAACGCUGGUUAAAUAAUAUAAUAGAACCAAAGAAAAAUAAAAAGAAGAAGAAACGGAGUUCUGGGAAUUUUCUUAAGCUACAUCCUACAUGUAUGCAUAUAAUUUUAUUAAUAUUACUGUAUAAUAUUAUGUUGACUUUUAUUUAAAAUUAAUACGAACAUGAAAGUAAUAUAUUUUUUAUAAAGGAAAAUCUGGUUAGUUUACAUCUAAUACAUGUGUCUAAUGCAAUAAAUCAAAUUGUAUAUAGUGCCGAGAACCGUACCUUUUAACUGCAAAUUGUUAAGUUCGUUGUUUUAGAUUCUGAGUGGAACGAUGAUUGUAUUGAUUUUACAAUGA